AUGGAAGAAGACGACGAUCUCUGGCAGCAGUACCUCGAGGUCGACGACGACGACUCCGGCGGAGGCCCCGACUCCCAGGAUCUCUCCUCCUCCUCAUCCUCCUACCUCGCCGGCUUCGUCAUCGCCAACAUCGUCGGCCUCCGCUACUACUCCGGCACCAUCAGCGGCCGCGAGAUGGUCGGUCUCGUCCGCGAGCCCUUCAACCCCCACGAUGCCAACGCCAUUAAGGUCCUCAACACCCGCAUGGCCCAGGUCGGCCACAUCGAGCGCUCCGUCGCCGCCGUCAUCGCCCCGCUUCUCGACUCCCGCCUCCUCUCCGUCGAGGGCAUCGUCCCCAAACCCCCCAAGAACCGCAAUCCCUACCGCCUUCCUUGCCAAGUCCACAUCUUCGCCCGCCCCGACGCCAUCCCCCUCGUCCGCGACGCCCUCGACCGAGGGGACCUCCAGCUCAUCGACGAGUCCGACCCCCAGUUCGCCCUUUCUGAGGCGGCCAUCGUCCAGGAGAGGAAUUCCAAUUCCAAAUCCAAGGCCGGGAACGGUGCUCGGCGGAUCGACGAUAUAUUUGCUCUCGUCGGUACAGAGGACGAGGAGAAAAGCGUCCAGCUUGAACCCCCGAAGGAGGUCGUCGUCUCAGAGCUCUAUGCGCACCAGAAGGAAGGGUUGGGGUGGUUGGUCCGAAGGGAAAAUUCAUCCGAUUUGCCGCCAUUUUGGGAGGAGCGGAGCGGGAAAUUCGUGAAUGUGCUGACGAAUUACCAGAGCCACGAGCGGCCGGAGCCGCUGAGGGGUGGGAUCUUCGCGGAUGACAUGGGUUUGGGUAAGACCCUCACUUUGCUCUCUCUCAUUGCCAGUAACGGGCCUGGUAGUACCAGCAUUUCCUCUGUGAACAGUUUAGAAGGAGAGGAUGAAACGUCGAUAACUUCGGGUCGUCAGAAGAAAUCGAAUUCCGGUAAAAAUGCUGGGCGUGCUCGUAAAAGACGAAAACUUGAUGAUGGGGUUCGGAGUACUGAAGUUUUAGGCCCGAAGACGACGUUAGUUGUGUGUCCACCUUCGGUAUUUUCGUCAUGGAUAACUCAGUUGGAAGAACACACGAGGCCUGGUAGUUUAAAGGUCUACUUGUACCAUGGGGAACGUACGAGGGAGACAAAGGAGCUUCUGAGGUAUGAUAUUGUGCUGACAACCUACAGUACUUUGGCUGCAGAGUUUAGCGAUCCUGAGUCACCUAUGAAGGAGAUAGAGUGGUUGAGAGUUAUAUUAGAUGAGGCUCAUUUGAUCAAGAAUUUUGCGGCUCAGCAGACGAAAGCUGUCAUUGCUUUGAAGGCGGAGAGGAGGUGGGCAGUAACAGGGACACCCAUUCAGAACAGUUCCUUCGAUUUAUUCUCGCUCAUGGCUUUCUUAAGAUUUCAGCCAUUUUCAAUUAAGUACUAUUGGCAGACAUUAGUCCAACGCCCAUUAGCACAGGGGAGUAAACAUGGAUUAUCACGUCUACAAGCCUUGAUGGGUACCAUUUCUCUGCGGCGAACAAAAGAUAACCAGAGCGGAAACAAGAGCAUGGUUGGGCUGCCAACCAAAACUAUUGAAACUUGUCUUGUGGAGCUUUCUGCUGAGGAGCGUGAAUAUUAUGAUCAUAUGGAAUCAGAAGCACAAAACACAGUGAGGGAGUACAUUGACGCAGACACUGUGUUACGCAAUUAUUCUACUGUACUUCAUAUUAUAUUACGGCUUCGCCAGAUCUGUAAUGAUAUGGCAUUGUGUCCUUCAGACAUUAAAUCAUUCCUUCCAUCUGAUACUCUUGAAGAUGUCACUAGAAACCCAGAACUUUUAAAGAAGUUGGCCUCAUUGGUUGAAGAUGGAGACGACUUUGACUGCCCUGUCUGCCUUUCCCCACCAAUCAAAGCUGUCAUAACUACUUGUGCUCAUAUAUUUUGCCAAGCUUGCAUUCUAAGAACCCUGAAGCACCUGAAUGCCUGUUGUCCUAUUUGUCGCCAUCCCUUAUCAAAAUCAGACCUUUUUCUAGCCCCGUCAACCCAGUCUUCCAAGGAUGACGAGUCCAAAGCUUUCAUUUCUGGUAGAUCUGUCUCAUCAAAGGUUUCUACCUUGCUGAAACUUCUAUUGGAAACGAAGAAACAGAACCAUACGGUAAAGUCGGUCAUUUUCUCUCAGUUCAGGAAGAUGUUGCUCCUUCUUGAGGAGCCACUAAAGUCUGCUGGAUUUGGAAUUUUGCGAUUAGAUGGCUCCAUGAGCGCAAGGAAGAGGUCUGAAGUGAUCAAGGAGUUUGGCAACAGUGGUCCUGGUGCACCCACAGUGCUACUGGCCAGCCUUAGGGCUGCGGGUGCUGGAAUAAAUCUAACAGCAGCUUCAAGAGUGUACCUGGUGGAACCAUGGUGGAACCCAGCACUUGAGGAACAGGCAAUGGACAGGGUGCACCGGAUUGGGCAGCAGCAGGAAGUAAGGGUGGUAAGGCUGAUAGUGAGGGAUAGCAUCGAGGAGAGGAUCCUUGAGUUGCAAGAAAGGAAGAAAAAAUUGGCAAGUGGUGCAUUUGGGAGCAAGGCCGCCAAAGAACAGAAGCAGAUGCGUGUUGAAGAUGUUCGCAUUGUGAUGCAUCUGUGAGUUCUUGUCACAUGCUUUUGGUUUUUCAUCAAGUAUAUAGCAUAAGGACAUGCAUGUGUACAUUUGCAAACUGUUGGUGCAUGUUUUUGUUCCUAUGAUUGUACUGGUAGCAUCUAGGUUUUGGAUUAACUUGGUCUCUCACAUAUAUUUUGGGAUUAUGGAUGAAAGAGCUAUAAGCAAAAACAGUGGCGAUAU